GGCCACGCCACUUUGAGGAGCGGUGCGGCGAUGGGGGACAGCAGCAGAGGCGGCGGCCGCAAGCACAGCAGCCAGAAUCUGCGGCCCGCACGAGGAGGAAGCGGUCAUCAUAUACCCAACGCAGCACCGAAUGCAGGCAUUAAGAGUGGCAUGACAGUCGAGGACUUGAAACGCUUGACGCAAAAGCGCAUGCAAGAUUCCGCAAUCGCUGCGGCAGCGGCCACGGCUCCCAUCCACGUAGAGGUCUUGACGCCCAAGGCACGACCAACAAUCAGCGUCCCACUGGGAACGCCACAGCGCGUCGUCCCGCCGCCACCCGCUGCGUUUACACCCAAGACGGGCAUGUCUGUGCAGGAACUGAAACAACUGACGACAUUGCGCUUGGCGUCGCAGCACACGCCAACCCAUCAGCAGCAGCAACAUCCUUUGCCAUCCACGCCAACUGCCGCACCUAGCGCGAUUAACCCCGCAAGGUCCAGCGACUACAAGUCCAUGCUCCAGCAGUACUAUUCGCGCGUGAAUUCUCCUACGUCGUCGCCAGGAACCACGCCCAAGCGACUCGGUGGGCGGUCGUUCACCACCGAUCAUCCUCCUCCGACUAGUCAACAGUCUCCUAAAGUCGUUCACUUGUCCGGAUCAUCCAAGCCUGGGCAGGCCACGACUCGAGCCGCGGCGGUGAGCGCAGACUCGCGCCAUCGCGCGCAGUCGAUCGACAUCCAUGGGUACAUGCAAGACUUUAUCCCACCUCGCACCACACACCAGCAACAGCACGAGCAGCCGAUUCAGUCGUUUUCCCCGCGGCAUCUCGGCAACAGCCAGCGCCAUCCCUACGACGCCAUCCCCGACCCCACGCCAUCUUUGGGUCGCCAGGGGAUUCACUUCGAAGCCGAGUCGUUCCCCCCGCCGCCCCCCGUCGACGACACCGGGGCCUUCUACGCCCCCACGGCCCUCCCGUCCUGGUCACCGCCCCCCAUGCGGACCAAAACCCUGCACGACUCGCGGCCGACGCUGUCCUUGUACCAGCCCCAGUCGGGCUUUUAUGCCGCGCCUGCCGCCGACGACUAUGACCAACAGGUGCCCAGCAGCUUCCCCCCGCCGCCCCCAGGACUCACGCGUCGGCCGUCUAUGACCGUGCCGUGGCAAGUGGCCGAGUCGGUGCUACAUACCCCCCAGCAACCGUCGGGAAGGAAGCAAAUCGUGUCUGUACCGGAAACUCCCUUCCACCAGUUUGCCCAAGCAUACCCCCAGGCCAAAGGUCCCAACGGCGCCCCGAGUCCCCCUCGGAAGCCGCUGCAUCGAGGCAUCUCGGGGACGUCGGCGGCGGCGGCCGCCGCGGCCGCGGAAUUGAACGCCGCAGCCCCCCUUGUUCGGCAAUCUAGCAAGGAGCUAACGCAGCCGCAGUUGGCUCGCCGAGGCAGCUUUGGCAAUGCUGCCCAAAUGUUUCGAUUCCGCCGGCGUAGCAAAAGCCGCCUGGACGUGGCGCGGGACUUGGCGUUGCUGGAGUUGAACGGUGACGACGUACGCCACAUGUCGGCGGACGAGCGUGAGUUGCUCUUGCAAGGAAGCGGGGACGAGUACUAUGGCCAGGAGAGGUAUUCGACCUCGGAUCUGGACGACAUGAAAGGAUCGGACGAUUUUGUUCCGUAUUUCAACCACCGCGGCGGUCCGAAGCUGUCGAUUCCGCCGCCGCCGCCCCCGAUGGACGACGACAGCGACAAUGAUGAAGCGGGGCUGCCCAUGAUGAGCCCGAACGGCGCCAAGUUGCGAAAGGUGGCGCAGUUGGCCCGCAGCGGCAGCUUGAGCAGCGAAGACAAGACCCGCGUGAAGGAUGAAAUCAUUCAGAACUCCCUGGGCAUGAUGAGCUUGCUGCCGGACGACUUGGCCUCGGCGCCCCCUGGCUUUGCCCCCCAAAGCUGGAGCAAACCAAAAAAGUCCCCCAUCCGACCCCCCGGCAUUGUGCGCAGUCAGUCCCGCGCCAUGUCUGAAAGUUCGAUGAGUUUAGAGGACCGAUUGGCGCUGGCGGCCCAACGAGUGGCCGAAUGUGUGGCCAAGGCGGACAUGGUCGAGUUCCAAAAAGCGAUGGACGUGCUCGACAAGCUGCGCCACGAAGCCAACCAGUUGAUGCAGCAGUAGGAGGAGGUACAGUAGUAGAAAUGUUCAAGCGACGACCUUUGCUAUCUGUGUAGAUAGAUGUAACAUGCGUGAAUGCGAGAGAACAGUCACCAACCCAUCAAAAGAGAUGAACAACGACAAGGAUGCACUUAUGGUGGUGGUUUACACUGUACAUAUAUCGCAAUAUACACCACUGUACUACGUACCAACUCCAGCCCUAUAA